AUGAUAUUUUUCUUUAGCUUUUUUUUUGAUGAAGGACAUAAGAGUGAACAUAGUCAUGCAACAUCUGAAAAAAAAGAAGGUGAUUUCUUCCAUGAACAUUCUCAACCAUCAACUAAAACUGGUUGGGAUGAUAAUGUAGCAAUCUCUUCACAUUCAAGCGAUCAAAGUCUUGAUAAGACUGAACAACAAACAGAAGGAUCAUCGAUUGAUCCAAAUGCAUUUAAUAAUAAUGGUUCAAAAGAUUUUGAUGUACAAAAAGUAACAGCUAAUUUCAAAGAAAUCGAACGUAAUAUUCAAGAACAAGUAAAAUUUCGUGGAGAAGCAGAAAAAUAA